AUGCCUCGCCGUGAAAUUCCCGAUUUCCGCCGUUGCCCUAAAACGGCCAGAGAAAAUCUGUUGGCAAUAGAUUCCCUAAUUAACCAAGUGACGCUGUGCUCUAUCGACGUCAACGUCACUGAAGAUGGAUGCGGCGGCGCCGGCGCCGUCGGAGAUGGCGCAAGGGGACAGUUGCGGUGCGAAUUGUGCUGUAGACGGCAGAGACGAUUGGGGAAUCUCUCUUCUCUGAUAUGCUUCAAGCUGCGGACCACGCGAGAAAGCUAUUCCGUUGACGUAAACGGCACUCAAGACGGCGGCGUCGACGCGGAUGGCAUAGCAGACGAGUGCGGCGGCGCGGCGGGUCGUGCUGUAGAUGGCACCAUAGACGAUUGGGGCAGAAUUGCUAGGGAAAAUGAGAGUUCGGCUCAUGAUGAGGUGAUUGAAGGCUUUAAUCCGGGAAUUGUUUGGAAGAAGCUGGAGGACGAGUUGGCGUUUGUUAUCGAGAUGUUGGAGGCUUGGCAUGCUCCGAACCUAUUCCACUUUUACGGGGUGGACAAAAGUGCUAAAGACGACGACUUGAAGAAGGCUUACAGGAAGCUUGCCAUGAAAUGGCACCCUGACAAGAACCCCAACAACAAGAAGGAAGCUGAGGCCAAAUUCAAACAAAUUUCUGAGGCUUACGAGGUUUUAAGUGAUCCACAAAAGCGAGCAAUUUACGACAAAUAUGGUGAAGAAGGCCUCAAAGGCCAAGUGCCGCCACCGGAUUCCGGCAGUCCUGGUGGUGCAUCAUUCUUCCAAACGGGAGAUGGGCCGAAUGUAUUCAGAUUCAACCCCAGAAAUGCAGAUGAUAUUUUUGCCGAGUUUUUUGGAUUUUCGAGCCCGUUUGGAGGGAUGGGCAGUGGUAAUGGAAUGAGGGGUAGUUCAAGAUUUUCAGGUGGAUCAAUGUUCAGUGAUGACGUUUUUAGCUCUUUUGGUGAGGGUAGACCUAUGAGUAUGGGUCCAAGAAAGGCUGCACCAAUUGAGCAGAAAUUGCCUUGCAGCUUGGAGGAACUGUACAAAGGAGCCACGAAGAGGAUGAAAAUUUCUAGGGAGAUAUAUGAUGCCAGUGGGAAAACCUUACCAGUUGAAGAAAUCCUGACUAUUGACAUAAAACCCGGCUGGAAAAAAGGGACUAAAAUCACAUUCCCAGAAAAAGGAAACGAGCAGCCGAACAUCAUCCCUUCAGACUUAGUCUUCAUAAUUGAUGAGAAGCCGCACAGCGUGUUCACUAGAGAUGGAAAUGACCUUAUCGCCACUCAGAAAAUAUCUCUAGUCGAGGCUUUAAUGGGCUACACAGUCCACCUCACGGCCCUUGAUGGUAGAAAACUCACCAUACCUAUAAACUCUGUGAUUAAUCCCAACUAUGAGGAAAUCGUGCCUCGAGAAGGUAUGCCUAUUCCUAAGGAGCCUACCAAAAGGGGGAAUUUGAGGAUCAAGUUUGACAUUAAGUUUCCAACUAGGCUGACGAGCGAACAAAAAUCUGGCAUAAAGAAAUUGCUUUCGUCGUGAGUAUUUUUGAGGAAAUUGAUUUUGUAUUUUGUUUUGUAGAUGUUCUGUUAUCAGUUGUGGUGUUCAUUUUGUUGUGUUUCUUGGUCGGUCUAUUUUCGGGUAUAAAAUCGGUGUUGUGAGUGCCUACAGUUGCAGCUCAUAACCAUAGCUUAUAGUAAGAAAGGGAGUUGGAGGAUUAUGGAGAUGCUUGUAAUUAGAACUUAGAAGGUAUAAUGACACAAAUUUGUAUCCAUGAAACAAUAUAAGGGCUUUAUAAGGUCUAAUACUCAAUAAAUCGUCUUGGACUUCUCCUAA